ACAAAGUAAAUCAAAUCCAACGGAAGAGAGAGAGAGAGAGACUACCACCCGAACCUAGUUAGGUUGUUCCUUCUUCCAUGUUGAUGUCAGAAUCUCUGCUCUUCAAGCUCUAGCAAGGUUUUUCUCGUCAAUGGAGACUGCAUGGUUCCAAAAUCUGAGGUAGUUGAUUAUCUUCACCACCACCAUAGCUACUGUUUGCUGUUCUCUGCUCUCUGCUUAAAAAAAAUAAGCUUUUUUGAUUGAGUUUUGUGCAUGUUUAUCUGGGCUUGGAGAUCUUCUUUUUAACUGUAAAUGAGAAUUUUGGAUCUUGAUCUGGGAAUUUUUUUUGGUAUUGCUUCAGAAUUUUGUGAUGUGGGGUAUCAGUGAUUGAAACGUUAUCUGUCUAUAUUGUUUGGUUGGUGUGAGGGUGGAAAAGAAGUCUGAAUCUGAAAUUUUGUUUGAUUUGGGGGUUUGAAUGAUAAUAGAGAGAACAUGGAUUGUAUUGGGCAUUCUUCUGAAUCAGGGUCUGGAGUGUGUACUGCUCAAUCAGUAGAAAAUGGGGGGGUUCUUAGUGGAGAUGGGAGAUGCUGUAAGCAAGCUUCUCCUCCAAGGGGUGGUGGGUCGAGGAAUACUAGCCCAAUGGGUCGUGCUGGGUCCAGGAACACAAGCCCUUCGAGGCAGAAGGUUGUUAAGACCAAACCAAGAGGUUUGGAUGAGGAAACACUUGCUACAUUUGGUAAAGCUGUACAUGCUGAUGUUCAGAUGGAGGAUAAUAUAUGGGCAAUGUUGCCUGAGGAUUUGUUGCAUGAGAUCUUAGCUAGGGUCCCUCCAUUUCAGAUUUUUCGGCUUCGUUCUGUGUGUAAAAGGUGGAAUUCACUGCUUCAAGACAGUAAUUUUCUCAAAUUCCAUUCCAGUGUGCCAUCACAUGGGCCUUGUCUUCUUACCUUUUGGAAGAACUCGCAGAUCCCACAAUGUUCAGUCUUCAGCUUGCCCCUGAAAACUUGGUAUAGAAUACCUUUCACAUUUUUGCCUCAGUGGGCAUUCUGGCUAGUUGGUUCUUCUGGUGGCCUUGUUUGCUUUUCUGGGUGCGAUGGGCUAACAUUUAAAACCGUGGUUUGUAAUCCCCUCACUCAGACUUGGAGGACACUGCCUAGUAUGCAUUAUAAUCAGCAAAGGCAACUGAUGAUGGUUGUUGAUCGAUCCAAUCAAUCGUUUAAAGUGAUCGCCACUAACGAUAUAUAUGGUGACAAGUCAUUGCCAACUGAAGUUUAUGAUUCAAAGGCAGACAGUUGGUCAGUUCAUCAGAUUAUGCCAGCAGUUAAUCUCUGCUCUUCGAAGAUGGCAUAUUGUGACUCCAGAUUGUACUUGGAAACCCUUUCACCACUUGGAUUGAUGAUGUAUGGACUAGACACAGGUCGUUGGGAACAUAUUCCGGCUAAAUUCCCACGAUCAUUACUGGAUGGUUAUUUGGUUGCUGGUACCCAGAAGCGUCUUUUUCUUGUUGGAAGGAUUGGCCUUUAUAGCACUCUACAGAGUAUGAGAAUUUGGGAAUUGGAUCAUGCCAAAAUUAUGUGGGUGGAGAUCAGUAGGAUGCCCCCCAAGUAUUUUCGUGCUUUAUUGAGAUUAUCAGCUGAGAGAUUUGAAUGCUUUGGGCAGGAUAAUUUAAUCUGUUUCACGUCUUGGAACCAAGGGAAGGGCCUUCUAUUUGACGUGGAUAAAAAGACCUGGUCUUGGAUUGGUGGGUGUGCUCUUCAGUCAUACAACAAUCAAGUUUGUUUCUAUGAGCCAAGGUUUGAUGCUUCUAUCUACUAAGCUACAGUCUUAUGACAUGAUGUCAGAUGUACAUCAACAUUUACAAAAAAGAGUUCUACCAGUGAUUCUGUUCUUGAUGUGCUUUCUUUGCAAUGACAUAAUCUCUAACCAUUCAAAAUGUUAUUUCUUCACAAUGGGCUGAUUUGUUUAUCGGUUAAAUAUCUUAUAAGUUACUAUGAAGAACAUGCCUGACUGUCAAUACUGGUGCAGUUCCGUAGACAGAUUUUGUGAAUGGAAUUGAAGGUGAAACACAAUGCAAGAGGUAAUGUGACAACGUGACUGGUUGAUGUGUACUGCCCAGAAAGCUUAUAAACUUCUACACAACAGUUGGAAUUUUCAGGGCAUUGAAAUUGUGCAUCUUAAACAUUAACUGCUUCCAUGCUCGCUGGCUUACCAGUUUAAUGUAACUGUUUUAAAGCUUGUCUUGAACAUUAACCUUAUGUAACUUUCUCAUGUAAAUGGGUUCUUCCCCACUUGCUGUUUUUUGUCCCCCCUUUUUUUAAUUAAAAAAAACUGAUUAAGAACAUGAUUUACUCUGUAAUUUUGUGAUCUUGAUCAGAUUAUAAAAUUCAUCUUACUUA